CGGGCUUCUGGCUAUUUUAAAGCGCGAGCCACCCGGGUCGCCUGAUUCCAAGUCCGCCACGCUUGGGCUCUUCUCUUCUUUGCCUCUUGUCCGGGCCCCUCCAGCAUGGGUCCCUGGCCCCACUCGUUGCUCGCCGGCCUCCUGCUGCUCCUCUGCGGUGUCUGGACCGUGCGCUGCGACACACCUGCUAACUGCACCUACCCUGAUCUGCUGGGCACCUGGGUCUUCCAGGUGGGCCCAGUCGGUUCCCAGCGGGACAUCAACUGCUCGGUUAUGGGACCACCAGAAAAAAAAGUAGUGGUGCACCUUAAGAAAUUGGAUACAGCAUAUGAUGACUUUGGCAAUUCUGGACAUUUCACCAUCAUUUACAACCAAGGCUUCGAGAUUGUGCUGAAUGACUACAAGUGGUUUGCCUUCUUUAAGGAUGUGACUGAUUUAAUCAGUCAGUUGUUCAUGCAUCUGGGAACUGUGGGGAUAUAUGAUUUGCCACAUCUGAGGAACAAACUGGUUAUUAAAUAGAGCCUCUCUGUGGGGCUCUUUUAAAACCACAGCCAAGAACAGACUUUGGGUCUAAAAGGCAGAGCAGCAUGCAGCAGUGGACCUACCUCUGGCAGCUAGCAGAGGCCUGUGCAGCUACAGCCCCUUCUGGAGUCUUUAUUGCAUGUAAAAUGCAGAGGAGUCCUGGUGACCUACCUCCAAGGCAGCUGCCCUCCUGAACAUUUCCUGGGAAAGCAGUAAUCAUCAUAAUGGAAUGUGAACAACCAGAACCUACACAGGAAAAGAAAGGUCUGGAAGAGAUGGAAGUCUCAGGUGGCUUCACUGUUCAGUUUUUUAAUAAAACAAUAUGGAACAUGUUAAUUUUUUUUUUUUCUGUUUGAAUACUUUUCUGUUGAAAUGAUUUUUUUUUUUUUUUCCAAACUGGUCAGGAUUUGAAAUUUGUGUUUUGUUUCAUUGACAGCACAGAUUUUAUUCACAAUUCCGUUGCCUCUGCUGAGUGCCUUCUCGUCCUCUAUUUAACCUGAGGAACGCAGAAUCUAUUGUAGGGAGAAAAUAAGGUUUCAGGAUCUCUUAAGAUGCACAGAUGUAGCUGGUUGUGAUGGCCCAUGCCUGUAGUCCCAGUGGCUCAGGAGGCCGAAGCAGGAGGAUUGGGAGUUUAAAGCCAGCCUCAGCAAUGGCAAGGCACUAAGCAACUCAGUGAGACCCUGUCUCUAAAUGAAAUACAAAGUAGGGCUGGAGAUGUGGCUCAGUUGUCAAUUUUCCAUGAAUUAAAUCCUCAGUACCCGCCCCGCCACCCCACCCCCCCAACAAAAAAGAUGCAUAGAUAUAAGUUAUUGAAGGGAAGGUAGUUUUUUGGAGGACAUAUUUAAAGGAGGAGAAAAAGAGAUUGUCUCAGACAAGCCAUGCUAUUGAAGAAUGUCCUGUAGACUGUAUGUAGAACUGCAGUAAGUAUCUCUGGCCAGAACUAAGAAAAUGUGUUUAGUUAAUAGCUUUUUUUUUUUUUUUUUUUUGCCUUUUCACACUUACUCCCUACCCGACCCUUUUUGAUUAGAUGCCUGCUUUGUACUAAGAACUUGACAUAGUAUAAUUUUUUAAAAAAAUAUAUAGAUAGUACUAAUUUUGUUUUACGGAUAGGAAAAAGUAGUCAUGUAGUACUUAAGCUCACACAGCUUCCAACUGUAAAAUGCUAGAGCUAAUCUUUCAAGCCUAAGGAUACCCCUAGAACUAAAAAUUAAAAGAAAAACCAUUUCACAAUAGAGUAAAUAAUACUUAGAGUCACAUUUGGGUAGAUUUUCUGAUGGAUUCCAGCAUGUAAGCAUCAUGAAUGUUAGUUGAAUGGAGUAGAAUAGCUGCAUUGGCUUUUGUUGGAGUCUUUAAGAGCAAUUCCCUUUGAGAUUUAGCAUUCCUUCCCAUGAGCUGCUAGCUUUCUCGCCCAAGCUAGACUUAGGGACAAAAUCUUAACCUUAUUUUUCUUUUGUACCUUCAAAAGUUGAAAAGAGAGCUUUUAAACUUCAAAUUAAAUACAAAUAAAAUCCCUUGCCAAAUAGACUUCUCUUAAUUACACUAUUGUUCAUACUGAUUGUUAACUUUUAGCUGUUUCCUGCUAAACAGUAUACUCAUUUCCUCCUCAUUUGGUUUAGAGCCCAUUUGAUCUAAAAUGUGGGGCUACACCUAAAAUGUGGGGCUACACCUAAUCUGUAGUAUCUAGAAAGACUUUUCCCCUACAUUUUGUCUUAGAUAGAUAAAAAUCUCCCUAGAUAGUAGUUUUUCAAUAAUGAUGACAAUUUUAUACUGUUGGAGAGGAACUGGUCUGCUAUAACAGUAUAGCUAACUGUAUCUAUCAGACAUUCUUUUCUAUCCUGCCUUUGGACCUGAUCAGUGCUUUAUCACUGAGGACCUGAUGCCACCUCCCCAGCUAUCUCCAUUAACAGGAGAAGCUCUGUUACCUUGGUCCCCAUUGUACUUUGCAGAUUUCUCUCAUCUCAUACCUAUUAUAGCAGAAUAUUUUGAUAGAAUGUCUUCAUCGUCUUCUGGGCUGAAAGUCUGUAUUUAACCUUCAAUAUUUUCAGCACCUAAUGCACACAGAACUUCAUAGAUUCUUGAAAAUAAACCACAUUUCCUUUUUCUUUUUGCAGACUUUUUACGAGUAAUACCAGCUUACAAAGAAUCAGUUCUCUUGAAUCCUAGAACAUAUUUGGGAAUGGUGCUAUAACUUUUUUAGUACUCUGCUCUAAAAAACAUUUUCAGGUUGCCUACCUCCAAAGAUCUAAAAGUUGUAUAUUUUCAAUUUGAUGUACAUAUUGUAGAAUGUAUUUAAUGUGAAAUUUUAAAAAAUUAUUAAAUGUUUCUGUUUAUUUCUCUGAGUAAUUUAGCUUAUAAAUGGAUUAUGAAAAAGAAGAAUUAGUGACAACAAAUUUGUAGAUAUGUGUUACAAUGUAAUAAUGCUUAGCUUUCUCUGUCAUAAUUGUCUGCUUUGUCUUCUGGUCUUAAAGUCCAUUAUGCAAGGAUCAACUCUGUAUUACUAACCAUUUUAUUCUCCAUGUAUAGUGCAAUAUGUGAAAAUAACAGGCCUUCAAUAAAUUUAGAAAAAAAAUUGAGCAAUA